GAGUCACGUGGGGGGGUGUUCCAGAACGCGGUUGCGUCACAGCGAGUUUCAAGGAGAUUCCGGGCGUCUCUUUCGGAGCGAAGCCGGGCCAACCGCAGCGAGCGACCUCGCCAUGCCCAGGGGCAGCCGGAGCGCGCCCUCCCGCCCGACGGCGACCAGCAGUCCAGCAGCGUCUCAUUCUUCACUUCCUGCUCAUCCUCCUCCUUCCGCCAUGGGCACUCCUGCUCCGCCUCAGCAGCCUGGCUUGAUGGCCCAGAUGGCUACCACAGCAGCAGGGGUGGCUGUUGGCUCCGCCGUGGGCCACGUGGUCGGUGGCGCUCUCACGGGGGCAUUCAGUGGCGACAGCAGCUCCUCCCAGCCCACGAAAGUGGCCAGCAGCUCUGUCCAGGAGUCCAGGCAGAUACCAACCCAUCAGUCAUCCCAGUAUGGACCUUGCCUGUAUGAGAUGAGGCAGUUCCUGGAUUGUGCUACUAACCAGAAUGACUUGACCUUGUGUGAGGGCUUCAACGAGGCCUUGAAGCAAUGCAAGCAAGCCAGCGGUGUGACUUCCCUCUUGUGAAGAAAUGAGAAAGGUCAACCCUAAGCGACAAAAGGAUCCUAACGGGGACAAAGAGAAUUAGCAGAGAAUCUGACCAGCUCAACCUGGUUUUCUCAGAUGUAGAUUUAUAAGCAAGGAAAGGUUUUAAAUGCAAGGAUAAAUUGAUUUUUGUACAGAGGAAAGUCAAAUAAAAGCAGAUGGUUUAUUUAAAGCUA